AUGGGGGACGUGGACACAAACUUCACAACAGUGUCAGAAUUCCUAAUUGUGGGUUUUCCGGAUCUCCAGCGGGAGUAUUUCCAUUUAGUAGCAUGGUUCUUCUUCGUCCUUUAUGUGAUCACUGUGGUGGGGAACUUGAUCCUGGUGGUUGUGUUUGCUUUAGAGCCCAGUCUCCAAAAGCCCAUGUACAUCAUCAUGGUCAGUCUGGCUCUCUCAGACAUUGGCUUUACUACGGUGGCUUUACCAAAACUGAUUGCUCGGUACUGGUGGAACGACGGGAGUAUUGGUGUUCACACUUGUUUUUUCCAAAGACACAUGAUACAUUACUUUGGGAGCCUGAACUCUCUUAUUUUACUCACUAUGGCUUUGGACCGAUGCCUUGCUGUGUGUUUUCCUUUCAGAUAUCCCCUACUGAUGACAGUCCCUAACAUGCUGGGCCUUACCGUUUUCAGCUGGAUCAUUGCACACAUCUUUCCUGGCAUUGGCACCAUAAACUUCACCUUUGCCUCAUUCUGUGGGCCCAACAGAAUCAUACAGGCCUUCUGUGACACUUUGUCUCUCACGGCCCUCGUGUGUGGGGAGACGAACCAGUAUGGAGCCUCCUACGGUGCGGCUAUGUUUAUUCUUUAUUUUCCUUUAGGUUUCAUCAUUGUCUCCUACUUUUGGAUAAUCUUCUCAGUCUUUCGCAUGUCUAACAAUCAGGGAAAAAAGAAAACCAUUUCUACCUGUGCCACCCAAGGCUUUAUCAUCGCGAUCUACUACCUGCCACGCUUUUUCGUCUACUCCACACCGUUCUUUCCUAACCUGACGAUGACGGCUGACAAGCGGAUGGUCACCACUCUUUUCUACAGCUUUUUUCCUCCACUGAUCAAUCCAUUCAUCUACUGUCUGAGGACCAAAGAGAUCCAGGAUAUUUUUAAGCGCUGGAUUCAGAGGCAAAAAAGUAUCGCACAAGGAUAA